UGGUUACUUGGCAGAGAAACAGCGGACGCAGCACGAACUCUUCCAUCUCUUAUUAUAGCCCCGUCCACCGCCGCCGUAGCUCCACCGGUCGUCGGAGCGCUUUCACAGGGACGGAUAGAUAAGAAAGACCGAGAAAGAGGUUCGGUUUCAAGCUUGGGGGAUCGCUGAUGGGGAAGAACGAGAAGACAGGGCUCGGGAGAGCUCUGGUGAAGCACCACAACCAGAUGAUCCAGCAGUCGAAGGAGAAGGGCCGGUUCUACCGGAGCCAGCACAAGAAGGUCCUCGAGUCCGUCACCGACGUCAGCGACAUCGAAGCCGUCAUCCAACAGACCGAGGAGUCCGACCUUCUCCUCUCCGUCGCCGCCGACACCCCUAACCUCCCUAUCAAUCUGGACGGGAGCUCUAGCACCAGCCAUUUGACGCCCGAGGAGAGGAGGGAGCUGCGGAAGAGAGAGGAGGUCUUGCAUGCCGGCAGUCUCCAAGUUCCACGAAGGCCACCAUGGAGUCCUGCAAUGACUGUGGAAGAUCUUGAUGCCAACGAGAAAAGAGCUUUCUUGGUAUGGCGUCGGGGCUUGGCUAGACUUGAGGAGAAUGAAAAUCUUGUUCUUACUCCAUUUGAGAAAAACCUGGAUAUCUGGCGACAACUUUGGCGUGUGGUUGAACGCAGUGAUCUGCUUGUAAUGGUUGUAGAUGCCAGAGACCCCCUAUUCUACCGCUGUCCUGAUCUUGAGGCCUAUGCACAAGAGGUUGACCAGUACAAGAGAACACUGCUUCUUGUCAACAAGGCAGAUCUGCUGCCAUACUCUGUCAGGGAGAAUUGGGCAACAUUCUUCCAGCAGCAUGAGAUAUUAUAUCUAUUCUGGUCAGCUAAAGCUGCUUCUGCGGCUUUAGAAGGGAAAAAACUCGCCUCCCCAUGGAGAACCCAAGGUAAUCUGCAGGAAAAGGAUGACCCCGAUACUAAAAUAUAUGGGAGGGAUGAACUUUUGGCACGUUUGCAGUCUGAAGCUGAAGAAAUUGCCAAGAUGAGGAGGGAAGCAGACUCUACCAGCAGUCUCUCAAAUGGCCAUUCCUCUAAUGGAAGUACACACUCUAAAACCGUUGUGGUUGGAUUUGUUGGGUAUCCCAAUGUUGGGAAGAGUUCAACCAUCAACGCCUUGGUGGGUCAGAAAAGAACUGGUGUUACUUCUACUCCAGGGAAGACUAAGCACUUCCAGACUCUGAUUAUAUCCGAGGAGCUAACUCUAUGUGACUGUCCCGGUCUAGUAUUUCCAUCCUUUUCGAGCUCAAGGCAUGAGAUGAUUGCUUGUGGGGUUUUGCCCAUUGAUAGGAUGACUGAGCACAGGGAGGCUCUGCAGGUGGUGGCCAAUCGAGUCCCCAGGCAAGUAAUUGAACAGGUUUAUAAUAUAAGACUGCCCAAACCCAAGCCUUACGAACCUCAGGAUCGCCCUCCUCUGGCAUCAGAGCUUCUGAGAGCCUUCUGUGCCUCUCGUGGGUAUGUUGGAGCUAGUGGACUGCCCGAUGAAACCAGAGCUGCGCGACUAAUGCUGAAGGACUAUAUUGAAGGCAAGCUCCCUCACUAUGAAAUGCCCCCUGGGAUGGAACCCGAGGAAGUGGAAGCUGAACGGGAAGAUUCUGUGGAACCUACUCAUGAAAUGCCCGAAUCAGAUUCUUCUGACGUUGAGAAUUGUUCGCAGGAGGUUGCAGGUGAAACUGUGCCUGUUCUUGAUGAUGUGCUAGACGACUUAAAUCAUUUUGACGUGGCUAAUGGUUUGGCAUCAUCCAAGAAAGGUGCUGCUAAGAAGCAAAGUGCAUCUCAUAAGAACCACAAGAAGCCUCAGAGGAAGAAGGAUCGAUCCUGGAGGGUUGGGAAUGAUGAUGGAGACGGAAUGCCAGUGGCUAGGGUAUUCCAAAAAGCCAGUUAAUAGAGGUCCGGUUAUUACAUGAUGAAGAGGUAUCCGUUGAAAAAAAGUCUGUAUAAUUUAGUGCUGUUACCUCGUGGAUAUUGUAGUUUUUAGCUGUUGUCAGCCGCUUAUCAAUGGAGAAUGGAGAAACACGGACUCAUCGUGGGAUAGAUUAUGAUGGAGAAAUUUGGCUCGAUUUCCGAACUCUAUGGUAAUCGUUACUCGGAGAUAAGUACUCCAAAGUCUUAAAUGCCAUGAACAUUCAAACCACCAUUGAUGAGGGCCGAUGGUGAUUUGGUUAUUGCGCUUACUCGGCAUGACCUGCUGAAGCACGGAGUUAUGAUUUAUGGGGAGGGCUCCAUCGAGUUAUGAUUUAUUGGGAGGGAUCCAUUGACGAUUUUGUGAUAAUCAAGGGAAGUUUCUGUAGGAAUGUAUUCUGUACUUUAUAUAGGUGAAAUGGCUUUGGAUAUCUAUUUGUACUUAAUCAAUGUUGGGAUUAUAGAUCAUGUGAUUCUGUC